CCCAUGGGACCGGAAAAACAGAAUGCACCAGGAUUCAAAUACCUUCUUCGUUACAAACACCAAGAUGCUACAGAGUGGACACCCGUGAUCGAAAUUCCCGACUGGACAGUUAGCCAGUAUACUGUUGAACCUACUGAAACAUUCCAAGCGUACGAUAUUACUAUUCAGACGGCGAAUGAGGAAGGAAGUGGUCCUGCACCAAUUGCAACUGUUGGCUUUUCUGGCGAAGAUGUUCCUAACGCAGAACCUACGAAUGUCAGUGUGGCAGUCAAAGGUCCCACGGAAAUUAACGUGAUGUGGAAUUCAGUACCAUCUGAAAAUUUAAGAGGAAAUCUGCGUGGCUACAAGGUACGAUAUUCCAGUGAAUCCUUGACGGUUCAAAGACAGAAACGAGAAGUAGAGACAAUAGUGAAAGUCUAUGAUCAGUCUCCUGCUAUUAUGGAUGAUGUAACUCCAUAUUCCCGUUAUACCAUUGAUGUUGCAGCUUUCAAUAAUGCAGGAGAUGGCCCUUAUAGUGCUCCAGUAAAUGCGGAAACCCCUGAAGGAGUACCUGGUCCUGUCGCUAACUAUGUACUCACACCUCUAUCUGCUGGUUUCUACCUGAAGUGGGAUUUUCCAGAUCAGCCAAAUGGUAUUGUUGUCGGAUAUUUAAUCAAGUAUCAGAAAAUGUCUGGUACUGAGGUUGGUUCUGAGAUAAUAGUGGAUGUUCCUGAUGGUCUGAUUGAUAGAAAAAAGAUUGGAGGUUUGAAAGAAGAGGUUAAAUAUCGUGUGUCAAUUGCAGCAUAUACUGUUAUUGGUGAGGGAGAAUCUAUCGUAAAAGAAGAAUUUACCAGAGAAAAUGGACCUCCAAGCGUUCCAGAGGCUCCUCUGUUUCCACUUGUAGGCGUAAACUCAAUUAAUGUAACCUGGGUACCGGAUGAGGAAGGUCCGUCUGUUGACGAGUAUGAAGUAUAUUACAGAAAGUCGGGAUCAGAAGAAUGGAUACUGGCUGGUAAAGUGGAUCCUAUGGAUAAAAAUUAUCUGGUUAUUGAAGAUUUAGACAGCGGUACAACUUACGACGUUAGAGUUAGAGCAGUCAACAGUAUGGGUGAUGCUGAUGGCCCAGUCAGUGUGGUUACCACAGCUGGUGCAGGUGCCCUUGCGACUGAAUCUUCCUUCGUGACAGAAGGCUGGUUUAUUGGAUUGAUGUGUGUUAUCGUCUUCCUGCUUAUUAUACUUCUUAUUAUCUGCAUCAUCAAAAGGAACAAGGGAGGAAAAUAUCACGUUUCGGAGAAAGAAGAUCAGUUGCACGGUGAUAUUGAAAGCAUGCCACAUAAAGACGACGAUGGUGGCUUUGGAGAGUACAAGGGAAAGGAUUCACCUGAUGCUCCCGAUGGUAAGAAGCCCGAUGGCAGCCAAGGCGGUAGCACUAAAGGGGGCAGUGAAACUGAUAGUAUGGCUGAGUACGGAGACCAAGAUACUGGACAGUUUAAUGAGGAUGGUUCCUUUAUUGGGCAAUAUGGGGAUGAAAAAAAGAGGAAACAACAAGAAGCUGAAGCUGAUAAUGCCUCCCCUGCUGCCUUCUCAACAUUUGUCUAAUUAAUUAUCGUCACCUCAUUGAAGAAUACAUGCCACGAUGGUGUCGAGAACAGUUUUGUUAAAAAAAAGCCUAGGGAAGAAUGCUUAUGGAAGAAAUGAUAUUGCAGCCUACUGUGCGUUUUUGUUUGGUGUAUGGGCAUGUAUGGACAAUUUUAUCAAUAUUAUACUACAAGAAAAUGUUGACUUUUUAAAUGUGAUUAUGUACAUGCGAUCAAUUGUAAUUUUUCAGUGCAUGUGUCAUAAAGCCACUACCGGUAGUAUUGAUUGUGAACUAUUUCAUAGUUGUGAUAAAGAAGUUAAGUGUCCUUUUCGAAUCACUUCAAAUUACUGACUUCAUUCAUUUUUGGGACAUGUUGGAUGCUUCUUUGAAUAAAAAUGAGAAACAUUUUUUUUUUAAUUCAUUCAAAUAUUCUUCAAAUUGCCAAUACUAAUUUUUUUUUUUAAAUCCAAUUAUGGGUUUGAAUAUUCAAUCAUUUUAAUGGCUUCCUUGGUUCAGCACUGCAGCAUAAAACGAAAACGAUUAGUUAGUGAUGAAUUACUGAGUCUUGGUUGGUCAGUGCCCUGUGCGUGUAGAAACAUUGUACAUUUAUUUUUGCAUUUUUAUGGGACCACGCGCACCGAAUGGCCCAACCAAGUGAAAGAGAUUUAUUUAUUAUUUCAUAGCUAUUGGUCCUUCUUUUUUUUUUUAAAUCGUUGAAAUGCUGCAGUCAGACUGAAAUAUUAGUUUUGUUUUAGAUUCAGCUGAGAUUUGUACUAUUUUUUAACUGCUGUAUUGCUAAACAUUAGGUAGUUAUAGCGAGAUUUUGUUGAAAAAAGAUUUGUAAAUGUUAGACACAUUUCAUGAUGGUAUUUUUAUUGCCCCGUUUGUGUGAAACACAAAAUUGAUUGGCAGAGUUACCAUGAAUUUUUAAAAUUUUAAGAUUUUUAGACAGAGAAUAUUAUUGUUUAUUAUUAUUUUUUUGGUUCACUUUGGUGUAUAAAAUAAUAGUUCAACACUUUACUCGUUAUGGGUACCAAUGGUACCCUUCAAAUUUACCAAAAGGACUUGUAGUGAGUACUUUCAGUUUACUAGAUUCUAGUUGUAGAAGUAAUUUCUAGCAGACAAGUUUUUAGAGAUAAAUGUGUCCUGGUCAAUUAUGGUCCUAUCCCAGCGUUACCAAUACACCCUUACAACUAUUGUUUUCUAUGUGUAAGUUUGUCUCAUUCAAUGGAAUUUAGAGGGGUGACGGCUCUUAAAAGCUGGGAUUGAUAGAUUUAUUUUGAUCCUACAUUAUCACAUGCCUUGUAUAUUAUUCAUUCAUUUAUGCAUGUAUACAUACUUGGAAACUACGACAUGUCUGUAUUGGUCGUGUUCUUGUUUGUUGUUGUGAAAUAUACAACUUUGAAUUCUUUCCUUACUGUGAAAACAAAAUAUAUAGAUAUACAACACCAUAGUGUUUGUAGCCUUGUAAUACGCGUCACCACUUUCAUGUACGUGUACAAGAUUUUUUUAUAUUUUAUUAAUUGUAAGAUGUAUAAUUGAUGUAUCUACUGUUGGUCUAUUUCUGCUCUGCAAAACACAAAACUCAAGCACUGAUUAUAAUGGUGAAAUCGCGGUGAAUGUUUUUCCACCUAUGAAAUGUGGGAAGUACAACGCAAACAUGCCAUGAUCAAACGUUCACCAGGGUAUCACUCGUAUGAUACAGAUAGGACAUUAGCCUUAGCCAGCUUGGAGCAGUUUCAUCAUCUGAAAUAUAUUGAUUAACUGCCUGUC